AUGAGUGCAGUAAUUGGGCAUCACAUAAUGCGAAGGUUGGACGAUGCAAACCAAUCAUACGUUCCUGCGGGUAUUAUUGGGGAUAUGGAACGUAAGUUUGGUGUAUGGAUUACCUACAACAAAGCGUGGAGGGCUAAAGAGAAGGGACUUCGAUUUCUUCGUGGUACACCCGAAGAAAGUUUCCAGAAAUUGCCAUCAUAUUGUCACAUGUUAACCGAUAAAAAUUCAGGAACUAUUGCACACAUCGAACUCGACUCGAAUAAUAGGUUCUUGUACUUCUUCUUAGCGUUCGGGCCUAGUUUACGUGGUUUUCGAGAAUACAUGAGGCCAGUAAUUUAUGUUGAUGGAAGUCAUUUGAAGGGCCAAUAUAAGGGAACACUACUAGUAGCUGCAACGCAAGAUGCUGACCUACAAAUAUACCCUCUUGCGUGGAGUGUUGUCGAUGGGGAAACAAAUGUAUCGUGGUAUUGGUUCUUUGCGAAGUUGAAAGAUGUCGUUGAUGAUUCAAACCAGCUAGUGUUUGUGUCGGACAGGAAGAAGAGUAUUAAGCGGGCAAUUACGAGGUUGUUCCCACUUUUUCACCACGGUGCCUGCAUCUGGCAUAUCGAGAAAAAUCUUAUUGCUAGGUAUAACAGUAGCAAUGUCAUCUUCUUAUUCAAGCGAGCAGCACUAGCAUACCGCGUAUCGGAAUUUGAUCUGUUCAUGACACAAAUAAGAACCAUUCGACCGUCAAUGGCAUCUUACUUGGAACGUGCCGGUAUAUCCACUUGGUCAUGGGCACAUUUUGUUGGUAAUCAAUACAACGUUAUGACGAAUAACAUUGCGGAGUCACUGAAUUCAGUCCUAAGGCGACAAAGAAGUUUCCCUAUAACCUGGUUGAUCGAAAAUAUUACGUCAUUGAUGCAACGAUGGUUCUACAAGAGAAAAAGUGCAUCCACGAAAUGUAGUACGACUGUAACACCAAAAAUUAAUGAUGAAUUGAGAAAAUUAUUCGACGCCGGUGCAACUUUACCAGUACGAAAUUUGGACGAACUCAUUUUUGAGGUAGGUAUAGCUACCGAACUUUGUACUGUCGAUCUUAUAGAUAACACAUGUUCAUGUCGAGAGUUUCAGAUGCGACAAAUCUCAUGUUCACAUGCAUCUCGAGCUGCUUGCGCAAAAGAAAAAUCAUUGUAUGAUUUGUGCUCCCCUUACUACACCACAGAAUAUUGGCGAGCUGUGUACAACGAAGUUUUUCACCCCGUUGGUCGAGAGUUAGAUUGGGUUGUUCCUCAGUCUAUUCGUUCCGUCGAAGUUUUGCCCCCGAAUAUACGUAGAGCACCAGGUCGACCUCCUACCCAACGUCAACGGUCAAGAACUGAAAGGUCGACGUUGAGACGAAAAUGCGGCCGAUGUGGAGGACACAAUGUGGUAAUGGAUACAAAAGCAACCCAUGAAUGA